UCAGCUUGUCUUCGUGCCAUGUCUGAGACGGCUCCCGCAGCCACAGCUGACACUGCCUUGGUUUCAAUGGAGAAUCCUCCAGUUAAGAAGAGGGGGAAGAAGCCGGGGGGCCAACCAGGCGCUAGUCGCAAAGCCCCGAGCCUCUCCGUGUCCAAGCUGAUCACGGAGGCGCUGUCGGUGUCCCAGGAGCGAGCUGGCAUGUCCCUGGCGGCGCUCAAGAAGGCGCUGGCGGCCGCCGGCUACGACGUGGAGAAGAACAACAGCCGCAUCAAACUGGGCCUCAAGAGCCUGGUGAGCAAGGGCACCCUGGUGCAGACCAAGGGCACCGGCGCCUCGGGCUCCUUCAAGCUCAGCAAGAAGGCACUUCCUGAGCCCACCAAGAGCAAAGUCAAAAGGCCAUCCUCCGCCAAGGCGAAGAAGCUGGUUUUAUCCAAGGAUUCGAAGUCCCCGAAAGGUGCCAAGACCAACAAGAAAUCGAAGAAGCCCCGGGCAACGGCAGCGCAGAAAGCGGCCAGAAGCGGCAGGAAAGCCUUGGGGGCCAAGGGCAAGCAAGCAGGAAAGAGCCCGGGGAAGGCCAGAGCAGAGAAGCCGAAGACCGGGAAGCCCAAGCUGAGCCAGCAGAAAACCAACGCGAGGAAAGUGGCGUCCAAGAAAUAAGCCAAAAGAAGCUCUGUUGUGAA